CGGCCCUGGGGGCAGGUCCGGGGUUACAGGUCUGGGAGCAAGUCCCGGGUUUCAGGCCCGGGGGUCAGAAUCCCGCCAGUGCAGGUCCCAGCGCAGGUCCGGGAGCAGGUCGCGCGCAGCGUCCCCGGCCCGGCCAUGGUGCAGGCCUGGUACAUGGACGAGUCGGCCGACGACCCGAGGCUGCCCCACCGCGCGGAGCCAAACCGCCCGGUGGGCCUGGAGCAGCUGCGCCGGCUCGGCGUCCUUUACUGGAAGCUGGAUGCUGACAAAUAUGAGAAUGACCCAGAACUAGAAAAGAUCCGAAAAGAGAGAAACUAUUCCUGGAUGGACAUAAUAACCAUAUGCAAAGACAAGCUGCCAAAUUAUGAAGAGAAGAUUAAGAUGUUCUACGAGGAGCAUUUGCACCUGGAUGACGAGAUCCGCUACAUCCUGGACGGCAGCGGCUACUUCGACGUGCGAGAUAAAGAGGACAAAUGGGUGCGGAUUUCCAUGGAGAAGGGCGACAUGAUCACCCUGCCCGCUGGGAUUUACCACCGCUUCACGCUGGACGAGAAGAACUACGUGAAGGCCAUGCGGCUGUUCGUGGGAGACCCGGUGUGGACGCCGUACAACCGGCCCGCUGACCACUUGGAGGCCCGGGGCCAGUACGUGCAGUUCCUGGCGCAGACAGCGUAGCGGGGCCCCCUUGCGAAGGCCCCGGGUGCGACAGCAGCGGCAGAUCUCUCACGUCCUCCUCGCUUUUACAUUGUAGAUUUGGGCGGGUGAGCUGUUAUUUGAUCAGGUGUGUUUUCCUGGAAGGAGCUGUAGCGCUGAUUUGUGCUUGGAAACUGUGGGAAUCUGGGCAAAUCCAUUCACUUUCUCUGGUUCAGGAUGAGAGGUCCAGCAGCCCCCGGUCAGCACACGCCUUCACUCUACCCCAGUCUCAGCUCCCCGCACGCGGCCACCUGGCUGCCCUGUCUGGACCUGGUUCUUGGACUGGAAGUAGAUGGCAGGCGAGGCUGUGCCCGCCUUGUGAGGGGGUGUGACAGUGGUGACGGGGUGGCCAGAGAGACGCUUUUCUCCCAGACCCCGGGGCAGCGGACUGGGAGCCCUGGGGGCGAGCCGGGGUGCAUAGAGCGCAGGCUGUUUCAGAAGGGGAGAGAAAGGCCAUGCAGUGCGGGGGCUGGGUGCUCAGGUUGGAGUAAAAGGAGGUCCACACUCCUAGACAGUGUGGGCCGUCACCGGCAGAGGCGGGAGCAAGAGAGGCGCCACGAGACAUGGUGGUGGUAGCUUUUAUGGGCUGCGGAGCUUCAUGUGCUAACACGUGGGAGGACCAUUCCAGCCGCCCUGGGGCGGGGGCUGGAGUCCCAGGAGUUGGGCCACGCCCACUCCGACCUUUUGUGGGCAGCCUCAGAGCCGUAGUGGCGCCUGUGGGCGUGUUACUUACUGUGGUGGUGUGUCACAGUGGGCGCGUAAUGAAGCCCAAGGUCUGCUGGAAGUCGGAUCUCCCGCCGUCUUGAGCCCCAAGGCCAGCUGGGGGCUGGCAGCAUCUCCCGCCAUCCUGGUGUUAAGUCACUGUCACUUCCUGAGUGGCUGUGCCUGUCCCUUCCCUCCUGCCCCAUCCCCCUCAGAGGUUUUACUCCCAUAAUCUGUUGGGGUGCAGAGGGGUGACGGUCGGUCUUCUGAAACUGCUUCUGGGCUGAGCAGGGGCGUGGACCCCGCCUGUCAGGGGUAAAAGUCUCUGGAUGCCUAAUGGGGGGGGCGGGGGGGGGGCCGGCCUGCUGCUGGGGCCGAGGGCAGAGUGGGCGGAGCCCGCGCGGGGCCAUCGUCCGCUGUGGGGCUGCUGUGCUUGUGCCUCUUUCUUGUUCAAAAUAAAGUCGCUGCCUUAAUUCUA